GUUACGAAUGAUUAUGUGGGAACUUACAAGUGGGUAUCGCCCUUUCUAUGAUCGGCCAUAUAACACUCAUCUUGUGCUAGAUACGCCACAAUGUUCGACUAUUUUGAUGCAAAAAUGUUGGCAUUCGAAUCCCUUAAAAAG